GCAAACAGGCUUGUCCUAGCCACCCAAAUCGUAGAUUGAUUGGAUUAGGUAGGGAAUGUAACACAGUCAAUAAUUUAUGGACUAUUUGAUGCAGGGCCAUCCACAUCGCACUCCACAAUAUCCACACCAAAGCUUAGGCCCCACCCAUUUUGGGGUGUUUAGCCUUUGCUUUGGCUCGAUCGAAUGUUUUUAUUCCCUGCUGCCUGCCUGCUUACAAUUUACUAUGUCUUUCAUUCUUAACUUCCACAGUUUCUCAUGUUGCAAUAAUGCCAAUGUUGGCAUCUCCCAACAUGCAAACUGCUCUUGGUUUUUCUGGAAUUAUUUUCAGUUGGAUGAAUAGGGGCUCUGCACCCAGAUGCUCAAUUUCUCAUUCGGGUUGUUGGGCUAAGCCUUACAACAACUAUUAUCACCAUCAAAGUUUCCUUCCAAGGAAAAUGCCAGGAACGAUUACGUGGGCUGCAAAUGGACAAGGACCAGAGAUUGCUGAAAAUAUUCCCAAACCUUUGGGUAAAAGAAAAGUUGUGGAACAUGUUGUCCUUUUCCGAACAAAGGAAGGAUUCUCAGAUGAGAAAGAGAAGGAUAUGCUAGAUUUUCUAUAUACUUCCCAGUAUUACAUGAAAGGAAUCAUUGCCAUUUCAUUGGGUCGUAUUCUCAAUGAGAAUGUUGAAGGAUGUACUCAUGCUCUUUAUAUGCGUUUUCCUUCAAAAGAGGUUCUGGCUCAGUACUAUAGAAAUCCAUUUCAAUCAAGAGUUCUCAAUGAGUAUAUCAUUCCAUAUUGCCAUGGGUCAAUUUCUUUAGAUUUUGAAGCGGAAGUACAGGAUGAUAUCAUACCUUUAUUUCGCAGGGGAGAGGAUUUUGAAUAUGGUGUGGAAUUUUUCCUUUUGAUUUCAGUCAAAGAACAUGUUUCAGUGUAUUCUAUUAGAGAAGCAUUAGAUGCAUUUAAAAAUCUGAUACAGGACUUUGGAUCAACAAUCAUACAGCACACUCAAGGAAGCAAUUUAAGCAACAAUAACAAGGACUACACACAUGGAAUUGUCAUACGAUUUCCAUCAGAAGAGGCUUUAAACAUUUUUACCAGCAGCUCAUUGUAUGCUGAUGUAUGGAAACAGAAAAUUUUUCCUAUCUCAGGAAAGACUUUGAUGGUUUAUGUUUUAAUUGAUCCUGUCGGUAAAACACUCAUGUAGAAGAAACAUUCUAGCAUCACCAAGCUAACCUCUUCUUAAAUGGAAUAGUAGCGCCCCGCUUCUGUUAGUGCCUGAGCAUACAACUUUCUUUCUUCUGACAGAAUGAUAUUAGGAAUCAGUUUAUUUUCGGCAUUAAAUCUGUUGUUUUCUUUUUUCUCAUUCUGUUCUUGGCAUUGUUGUAAUAAUUGACUGGUGCAUAUGCCUUGGAUUUCUAAGAGAUUUAUGUUGUCCUAGUAUGCUGAAUUGAGUAACAUUUGUCGUACCAUUUCAUUUUUUAUUAAGUUAAUUUUUUUUUU